GGCUUUGCGCCUCCGAGGCAGGCUGCGGGAGGCAGGCCGGGCUCGUGGCUUCACCGUCUUGCGCUCUGCUCCAUCCGCUCGCUGUCGGGUUUGAAAUUCGGUCCUGGUUUUGCGGUCCUUGCAGCACGUUGAAAAUUGGAUUAAGCCUGCUUUAACGCCCGUGGAGUAUUGGCACAAGAGCUGUAAUUUUCUUACCGGUUUAUCCAGUCUGUGGAUUGCAGCAAUGUCUUGUGUUCCUGAAGUGCACUUUUGGGAAUGCUGCUGCUCCUCCUGAAUUGCUCAAAGUGUUUGCAUUCCUGCUGUAUUAUGUCGGGAGACAGCGACUGCACCAGGACAAGCCCAUCAGCAGGGUCUCCAUCAGACAAUGAGUUCCUGCCAGAUCGUCCAAAGUAUGUUUGCUCACUAUCUCCAGACCUCAUUACCAAAGCCCGAGAAGAGCUCCAAGAGAAACCUGAAUGGAGGCUUCGUGAUGUGCAGGCACUCCGAGAUAUGGUGUGUAAAGACUAUCCUUCACUGGGGACCUGCUUGGACGAUGCUUUUUUGCUAAGAUUCCUCAGAGCCAGGAAGUUUGAUUAUGAUCGAGCACUUCAGCUUCUAGUGAACUACCACACCUGUAGGAGGAGUUGGCCUGAGGUCUUCAACAAUUUGAAGCCAUCUGCAGUAAAGCCUGUGCUAGAGUCUGGUUUUGUCACUGUGCUGCCUCACUUGGACCCAGAGGGACGCCAUGUUGUCUGCAUCCGCCCAGACAGAUGGACACCCAGUAAUUAUCCGAUUACUGAGAACAUUCGUGCCAUAUACUUAACGUUAGAAAAACUCAUUCAGUCCGAAGAGACCCAGGUGAAUGGAAUUGUAAUCCUGGCAGACUACAAAGGAGUCAGCUUAUCUAAGGCGUCUCAUUUUGGUCCUUUUGUAGCCAAAAAAGUGAUUGGAAUUCUUCAGGAUGGAUUCCCCAUUCGAAUAAAAGCUGUUAACAUAAUAAAUGAGCCUCGUAUAUUCAAAGGCAUUUUUGCAAUCAUCAAGCCUUUUCUGAAGGAAAAGAUAGCAAACCGGUUUUUUCUUCAUGGCUGUGAUCUGAAUUCUCUUCAUCAAAACAUUCCUCCAGUGAUCCUUCCUGAAGAGUAUGGUGGUACUUCAGGGAAGCUGGACAUCUCAGCAUGGAAUGAGUUGCUGCUAGCAUCUGAAGAGGAUUUUCUACAUGAUUUCUCGCAGCUGGUUCUCCCAUGUGACAGCUCUCCCCAUGACAUGCUAGUGAGUGGGGAUGCUGAUGAAAAGCAGUGUGACGAUUCUCUGCGAGGCAUGAAACCUCAACUCUAUUACUGUUAUUAACCAGCCAGUGAAGGGAAGCCUCCCAGCACAGUUAAGACCUCUUGUACACAGAUAAGUGAUGUUGUGAACUCUGCCUUACUCCUAAACUUGCAGUUUAGGAACAGACUGCUGCGGCACUUUACACUGUAGAACCAAAGGAAGCUGAAAAGGGCACAAUGGGGGCAAGGCAGAGUUUGUGGAGGAUAAAGAAAAAGAGCACAUAGCUGCCAAGCUAUCUAGAAUAUGUUGUUGUUAACCUGUAUGUGAAUGAUGCAAACUGGCAUAUUCCUCCUAUUGAUAAAGACGGAAAUAUACUGCAGUAGGAUAAACUUGAUAGUUUCUCUACUCACCUGCAGGUGAAAAGUAAAAACACUGAUUUACUAGCUUGGUGAUCAUCUCUUCCCUUCCCUCCCUUCACCUUCUGAAAACACUGAUAAUCCAAGACAAGAAAACUGCUUUUGCACCUUGCAAAUGUAGUUCUGUCACUGGAGAUUGCUUAAAAAAGUAAAGUCUGUGCUCUAUCACUUGGUCUGGAUUGUGAGUUGGCUUUUCAGGAAUAUCCAAAUGAAUUUUGGUUCAUAUUAAUACAGAGUAAGAAUUUCUCAUCCAUGAAUGUCAGUGUGGAGAUUUUCUAUGAUACUUCCUCACAGAAGGAAGACUUAUACCUGGCUGGACUGAUUAUUGCAACAUUUUUAUCAAACCUUAUUACAAACAGAUGCAAUCUCCAUUUUCAGAAAAGAGUAGUUUUUUCAGAUCAGGUACUAAGGCUUUCUGAUUAGAUACAAUUUCAAGUUCUGAGGUUCAGGACCAAAUAAUAAUGAGCUAUGUUAGUCACCUUCUCACAUUCAGUUGCUCUUUCCUUCAGCUGGUUGUGAUAAGGAACUCAGUAAGCAAUCCAUAAGUAGAAUUUGUAAGGAGGCUUUGUAGCAGCUGGCAUAUAAUGUAUAAAAGGCAAUAUUUCAUGUAAAAAAGCAAGGUGCUGCUUUAGCUGUGUUACUUUGGCAGAAUUUGAAUUCAAGUCUUUGUGAAACCAAAUGCGGACAGGGUAUUUGAAAGCACAUACAUAGAUUUCUCUGGUGUGGUAGCAUUUUGUUUGCUGUGCUUGUCUACUCUUUUGCAAAAUGUUACAACUUUGCUUUCAGCUUUGUUGACCUUGUUUGUCUCUGGUGGUUGUAUUCCUGUAUGAAGUUAGACUUUAACCCCUCUGUAAUAUUUACCCAUAGCUUGUGUGCCUAUGCUUUUAGGUCCUUGUCUAGAGUCAGAACCAAGACUACAAUAUCAAGUCAGAAUAAGAUAUUCUGUGUCUGAAUAAGCUGUUCCCACUUCCCAAGUUCAUUCUGUUUGAUAGUCUUGAAUUAGAAAUUAACUCUCUGCACACUCUUUGCACAUGUUUUUCUGCACUAAACUAGUGCAGAGGUGGGAAACCUCACUAGGAAAGAAGAAAAGCACACCGAACUAUAUCAAGGUGAGAUAUUUCACUAUUGGUGAAAAAGAACAACCCUUCUAACUGAAAGCCUCAUCCCCACAGCACUUUUUCUAGCUGAAAUCUUUAUUUAGUGCCAAGUAUGAUAUAGGUACCAGUUAUGUUCUGUAAAUACAAAGCUAUAACAUCUUGAGGAGUUGAGACAUUCAUUUUUCAUAGUGCCAAACUGUUUUGAAUGUCUUUUCCUUUCAGUCCCCUUACAGCACGAUUAUGUUGCCAAAAAGCCCUCCACCACCACAAUAAUGACUUCCUCACUUGGCAGCAGACCUCAUCCUGGGACAGGGGGGUGGCAGAUGCCAGGCUUGUCGUUCAAGCAUUAUAAAAAGGAGACCAGGUUUGAAAAGGAAGCAAGCAUGAAGCUUUUUCCUGGAUGGCAGUUCAUAGUUUUAAUGGGAGCAAGGAACUCAUCACUUCAACUGUUUUAGAACAUAGGUAGGAAGAUAGAAAAAGUCAAAUUCCUAAAAUGAGGAAAAUUUCUUCCUUUAUAAAUAUUACUCCUCUUUGACAGCUAUUACCUUAAGUGCAGAAAAAGACACAUCAUUUUCCCUUACUUAGGAUAAGGCAGAAAUGCACUGCUAGCCACUUCUUCCUCAUUUCUGACCAGAAUCCACUGCAUAUUUUGCAGAGAUUAAUUCAGUUCUUUGUGCCAUCUAGCAAGGCAUUAGCACAAAGCACCAGGACUUAAAAAAGGUCCCAGACUGUUUAAUGGUCAGAACAUAGAGACCAAUGUUUAUAUUGCUUGAGUGCCUAUUAAUUCCAGCCACCAUGUACAAUAAAAAAAAAAAAAGAACACUUUACCUCUAGGAAAAGGUACAACUGGCAUUUGAUACUCCUUCAUUAAUUUUGCUGCAAGUUUUGAAGUGGUGGUAUUUUGACAGCUCACUUAAGUACAGCUACUUUGAUGCUCUUAAGGUAACUAUUACUGGAGAGGUAGUUUGAAUAUUCAGACUUCUAUGUAGUAUCUUUAACAAAAGAAAUCAACAGGUGUUUAGCAGAAGGCUGCCCCUGAGGAACAUCUACAGAAACCAGGCCUGAGGGCCUUUUUUCAGGCUUUUACAUUCUCUUUUAUGCCUGAAAUGAUAGGCAAACUAGAUCCAUCUACCCUACUUUCUCUCCUGCUCACAGAAAAACUAAAGCAGUUGCUUGAAUGAUGUACACUUACCUAUUUUGUUUAAGAAUGAAGUUGAAAAUAGCCUGUUACACUCAGAACAUCUUGUUCUUAAAGCUAGAUGCUUUGCAGUUUAUAUCAGGAUGCUGGAACUAAGCCAGGUUUAUCUGAUCAACCCUUUAAAUAUUACUUCUAGAUUUGCCCUUUUUGGCUUUAGAACUUAAGUAGACAAAGCAGCAUCUUCAUUCAGCUGCAUCUCUAACCCUUUCUAGGUUUUUAACUAGUGCUUAGCUUGUCUUACAGAAAGCACAGCUGUCUUACAUGCACCUGACUCCUAAGCUGAAAGUGCUCUUUGAGUUUUAGCACUUACUAGGAAAGAAGUCAAUUUCAUCCCAGAAUUCCCAGAAUUUCUUAUGUCAGCAUUUGGAAAAUAAACACUCUCUUUAUGUAGAGAGUCUCCUUACCUGCAGGUUAAGAGAGUAGAUAGGAAAAGCUCUUUACUUUACAGGUUUUUUUUUCCCACAGCACUGAAACUUGAUGUGAUUUUUUUUCACUUGAAGAAACUUUUAACUGAUUCUAGAGGUUAUAAGCUUUGCCUAGCUAGUACCUAAGCCAUUCCUGCCAAAUUCAGCACAUAAUAAGAGGGGCAGCUGAGGCUUUGGCAUUACAUGGGACAAAACUUAGCUGCAUACUGUAAAUAAAAGUACUUGAAUUUAUACUAUUACAAAUGGGUGUUACAAACACUGAGGUAUUUUCAGGAGAGUGGGUGUGUUUUGUUUUUUUUAAUCUCAUUUUGGCAUGAGUUGUUUAGUGUUGUUCAAGCUAAUAAUUUUGCCUUCUGUUGUUUGUGGGCCUAAAGGUGUUGGGUUAAGUGUACAUCUUAUUUUGACAAAAUUUAUUUUUAUAUUGUAUUUUAUAAAAUACAAGUGGUCAAAAAGUGUAAUUUUAUGAUGCAUGAUUAAGUAAUUAAACACAGUAUUGUAAUUAAACACAGUAUUGUAACAGCUGCUAAUUUGAUGCUUUAAAUAUGUUUACCUUGUACUGCCUUGUGGUAUUU